GUCUAAAAUUCCUCCCCAGAGAGGCACAGCUGCUGCAGGCUGGGGAUGUGAUGGGGUGACUAUUGACACCCCCCUCACCCACCCCCUAUCUCACUAUUAGGCGUGUAACAUAAACAAUGGAUCUGAAUUUCUCAACGGUUCAAGAUGGAAAGCAGCUGCUACCAGAGAGACACUCGUCCAAGCGUGUGCUGACGGGAUGCUUCCUCUUCCUCCUCAUCCUAACCACGCUGCUAGGCAACACGCUUGUGUGCGCUGCCGUCACCAAGUUCCGACACCUGAGGUCAAAGGUCACAAACUUCUUUGUCAUCUCGCUGGCCAUCUCGGACCUUCUGGUAGCUAUCCUGGUAAUGCCAUGGAAGGCGGCGACUGAGAUUGUGGGGUUUUGGCCGUUUGGCGCAUUCUGCAAUGUUUGGGUCGCGUUUGACAUCAUGUGCUCCACUGCCUCCAUCUUGAACCUGUGUGUGAUCAGUGUAGACCGUUACUGGGCCAUCUCAAGCCCAUUCCGCUAUGAACGCAAGAUGACCCCUAAAGUGGCAUGUCUGAUGAUCAGUGUGGCGUGGACCCUGUCAGUCCUCAUUUCCUUCAUUCCUGUUCAGCUUAACUGGCACAAAGCUCAGACCACCAGCUAUGCAGAGCUAAAUGGAACAUACCCUGAUGAUCUGCCCCCUGACAAUUGCGACUCCAGCCUUAACAGGACCUACGCCAUCUCCUCCUCCCUUAUCAGCUUCUACAUCCCUGUGGCUAUUAUGAUAGUCACUUACACCCGGAUCUACCGCAUCGCUCAGAAACAAAUUCGGAGAAUAUCUGCACUGGAGCGGGCAGCAGAGAGUGCCAAAAAUCGCCACAGCAGCAUGGGGAAUAGUUCAAGCAUAGAGAGUGAAAGCUCGUUCAAAAUGUCGUUCAAACGAGAAACCAAAGUCUUAAAGACGCUCUCAGUCAUCAUGGGAGUGUUUGUUUGCUGCUGGCUGCCCUUUUUCAUCCUUAACUGCAUGGUGCCAUUCUGUGAGCCCGACGUGCCGGACAGUGCCACGGACUUCCUCUGCAUCAGCUCCACCACCUUUGAUGUGUUUGUGUGGUUUGGCUGGGCGAACUCCUCGCUAAACCCCAUCAUCUAUGCCUUCAACGCCGACUUCCGCAAGGCCUUCUCCAUCCUCUUGGGCUGCCACCGGCUCUGCCCGGGGAGCAAUGCCAUCGAAAUUGUCAGUAUUAACAACAACAUGGGUGCCCCUAACACAAACCCCAACUGUCAGUAUCAGCCCAAGAGUCACAUCCCUAAGGAGGGCAACCAUUCAGCUAAUUAUGUGAUCCCCCACAGCAUCCUUUGUCAGGAUGAGGAGUUACAGAAGAAGGAUGGAUGUGGAGGGGAGAUUGAGGUGGGCAUGGUAAACAAUGCUCUGGAGAAACUCUCCCCAGCCAUCUCUGGGAAUUUAGACAGCGAUACUGAGGUCACAUUGGAAAAGAUCAAUCCCAUAACACAGAAUGGACAGCAUAAAACCGUUUCAUGUUGAGGAAAGGCUAAGAUGGAUCAAAGUACACUGCGGGAUGUAUGUACGCACAAAGGGAAGAAAAGCUAACCCAGGAGGACAGCAAAAGAGACAGAUGUCUUUUAGAACAUGCAUGGCAGAGAAACAGUGAAUGGGAUAUACAGGACCUUAAGACUGUCAACAAAAACCUACAUGGAAAAACUUACAGAAUGUUUUAAAGUAAAGGCACUUUAUCCUAGAUAUAACUAUCUGCAAAAUACUCUCAGCAUUUAUUGAUGAAAUUGACACAUUUGAUGAUAAAUGUUGAUAAUGUGAAUAUUAAAGCAGAACACUAGCUAAGUGCACAUGUAUACAUUUUUUUUUUACAUUUGCAAAGAUGUAUACAUCUGCAUGUGUAUUCUGUACAGUACUGACACAACCUUGGAAGGACUUAAACACAGUAUAUACAGUGGAGAAAGAUGUAGUAACUGUUAGCAAAAUGUCUUGUAGGUAGGUGCUUUGUAUUUGUUCAUGAAAAAGAGAAAUUGGGAAUUGCUUUUGGUUCAGUAUGAUUAGUUGUUUAUGACAGUUAUUUCUCUUCAGUACAUUUAUAAUCCAAUGACAUUUUAAUUGCAAAAUCAAAACAGCUGUAUUGCCGUGGUAAUUUAUUUGAGUUAAAACUGCUUCAGAAACCAAAGUAACAAUAUUUUUGAUUCAUUUUAAGGGGGCAGGUAAUGGAGUUCAAAACCGUAAGCCAAGUUGUCAUAUACUAUUUUUAAAAUAUUUAUUUUUUACACUUCCCAUGUUACAUUGCAGUUUUCUUAGUCUACCUUCCUUCCCUGUACCCUAUUCUUACCCAUCCUCAUUCAUGCCCACCUGGGACAGAUCAGACUGGCUCACCUGAAUUUUCCUCCAGUUUAUUCUCACUCCAUGUUAUCAUUAGCUCUGUGUCUCCCCUCCCGGCGGCUCUUCAGCAAAACCUCUCUAGGGUCUUACAGUCUUCUCUUCUUUACUUUUACUUGUUUAGCUUUUCCUCAGUCCCUUCAUUCCUCAAACUGCCCUUAUUUCUAUAGCAUUGUCAACUUCCUCUGUCUUCAUAGUCCUUUACACCAGCACUCUACUUUCCAUUUAUGUUUUUCUGGGUCCGUCCGAAUUUGACUUCAAUUUCUUCUCUGGCAACCCCCCAUUUUAUAUCUUUACUAUGCCCACUUAAAGCUUUAUUAGUUAUUCUAUCCAUUAUUUUUUGGCUAAUGCUAUCAAAAGAAUGUAGAUCUGUAAACUAAAAAUCCUGCACUUGGACAGAGUAGGCAGCAGCAGCAGCAGCAGAGUUCACUCAUCUGUAAUGCAAGUGACACUUGGUGACCUUUUGCAAACUUGCAGAUAUCGGAUUUUGUAAAUUGCUCAUGCUGGCAGCCAUGCUGUGCUGUAGUGGCGAUGGAGAGCAUGCAGUGUGACAGUCGCUAUGUUUGCAUGGGUGAAGACAAACCACCAUUACCUGCAAGAUAUGGAACAUAUUUUUAUUCCCCCUCCUCUCCUAGUCAUUCCAUUUGGCAUUGUAGCCUUUAUACAUUCGCAUACGAUUACAACUGGAGUCAAAAUAAGGUCCUGUUCAAAAGGCAGUUUGAAAUAAGUGAGUCCAAAUGAUGAAAUUAUUUUAUACCAAAAAACUAAUUUGAAAUAUAUUAUUAACAGUGACUAAAUCUUUUAAAAGUGUCAUGUUUUCGCUCAGCUACACACACUCUUUUCACUGAUUGCAUGAUUACUUUCUAUUUAGUUGAGAAAAGGUUAAUCUCCAAAUAAGUAGUUUCAGAUUAAAGGUUCAGUUUAAUAUGAGGCUAUGUAACAUCUGCUUGGCAGUUGACAAGUAAUAUAUGUGAUUAAACACAGAGUACUUAGAGUACAGUCAAUAGUGAUUAUGCAUAGAACAUUAUACUGCUAAAUUAAGAUAUUAUUUGCAAAUAUUCACUUUUAUAAACCUCAAACCAGAUCUAGUUAGGCUGAAGUAGCAAAAACCUCUCAAAGUAUUUAACUGAGCAAUGAUCCAUGUUGUUGCCUAUGAACUGUAGUUUGAUUGGUAAAGGGAACAUCGUGCCAUUGUUUUUUCAAUAUUAACAUAGAAUCGCUCUAAACGUAAUGUAUUUUUAUCCAUUACAGUCUAACACAUGACAGAGAGCAUUACAAUAUACACGUAGACGUAGAGUGUCGAAAACAUGGUGAAACAGCAGUAUAAAGGCGUUUAUACUGCUGGGUUUUUUUACGGGUAGAUAACAAAAUUGCAUUUUCAGAGUUUUAAUAAAUGAUAAUGUUUCUGUGGCACAAAUUAUUUUUAGACAUUAUAAGCCUUUACAGCUAGUUUUUGUGUGCUCAACAGCAUGCUUUCGGACGUUGUAUACUGUGUGUGUCCAUGAAGGCGUGAAACAGUUUCACAUCAGAGAAAGGCAGAGCUGAUCCAAUAGAAAGCAAUUGGUCUUGAAUGAAGCAUUUGAUUUUCCUGCUCUGGAAAAUCCAAUGCUAUCUAGAUGGCAACAAAUGGGGGGAAAGCUUUUAGCUCAAUAUGUGACUUGGCUUGUUACACAAAGGCAACUCAUUGUCCUCUCUGCCUCCCUGUCCUCUGCCACUGCUUCAGCUGCUGUUUCAUCACUUUAAAAUAUUUAUGAACUAAAGAUGUUUUUAUUAAGAAUGAAUUUGAAUUCCCAAGUGAUUUAAAUUUUCUAUUCCAAGUGCCACUAUACUUAAAUGUUCCCCUUUCCUCCCAUGCCUUUUAGAAACUCUCAACCAUAUCAGCUCAGUGACCUUUCCUUUUCUCUCUUCCUCAGUUCCUCUUAAUUUACUCCCUAAUUAUAUCCAAACACAAGCCAGCUCAAACAAGCGCUAAAACAUGAACUGCACAUAAUCUGACUGGACAUUGGACAUAAAGGGGAAAUGCCUUGGAGAAGAUUUGGUUACCCUUCCACCUCCUAUACCCUCCUUUUCCUCCAUCUCUUUUUCUUUUCUCUUGGCUGCCUCUGUCGACUUGAUGAGCACUCCCGAUGUUAACACAGAUUGAAUUUAUUAUUAAACGGACAGAGCCGACUGUUUCCCUUCUGUAGUUUGAGUCAAAGCUCUGAAUCAAAGCCCCUCCUAGCCAUGUUGUUAUUAUUAUAGUUAUUAAUAUAUGAUAUGAUAUUAUUGCUUUUGCCAAAAUCCUUCAUUUUGGCUGAAUGUGGCUGUAAUGUAGCUUAUGCUGUGAUUUAACCAGUGUUUUAUAAGCUGAAAUGUGGGUAUUCUCAAAGAGAUUAAUCUGCCAUUUGUUGUGACAUCAUUGGCAUUUACAGGUUUACCAGAUGUUUUUCGUAUAUGCUCUAUGUACACAUUUAUAGAAACAUACCUCCAGCCGUGAGGGGAAAUGAUCUCUGAUGUAUUUUGACUCCAUGUAAACCCCCUCCUGAGCCCUCACCUUGUCAACUUGGUGAGUCAUCUUUCCAGAUGCCACUGCUUUGAUUUUGUGGAAGAGGCCAUGUCAGGCAAAAUUCCCACAAGCGAAAUGUUUAGUUUGAUCCUGAGCAUUUCUCCAGGCUGCCCUACAUGUUGCUUGUGGGAGCUAGGAUGACAGUACACGGUCUCUCAAUCAGUGUAGUUACAUGAUGUAUGACAACUUAAGCAAAUCUGACGGUGCAGAAUCCCUCCUCCUCUCCCUCCAAAGGCAGGACAAGGGACGCAUGAGAUGUAGGGCGAACAACACUCCCAGGCCAUGGGAGUGUGAUGAUGAUAUUUCAGCUUACUCAAACUGUCUAGGAUAAUGACGGAGUCCCUACCUCGACAUCAAUUCAGUGACAAAGCUUCAUGUACAAAAAUAAAUUGCAGUAUUUAGGUUUGGGGUGUGCAGGAUAUAGUAUUGUACAAUGAUGUUCAAAAUGUAGUUGUGAUGAACACAAGUGCUUUUUAUCUUCAAAAAUCCUUAAUGUGUAGCAAACUUACAUGAUGUAUGUUCUUUUUUUUCAGUGUGGGGUUAUAAUUUAUGGUAAGAUGCAGAGGUCACUGACUAUUUAUAUAUUUCUUUAUUAAUUAACAUGUUUCUGGUGUUCAUUCAUGAACGUGAUGUCAAAGAUUAUAACCCUCAAAAUAAUUACAGUAUUUAGUUUACAGUUUGUACAAAAAAAAUG